AUGGUGGUGCGGAAGCCCCUCUCACCAUUCUUUCGUUGGCUCCAGUGGACAUUGUUCCUCAACGUGUUCAUUGCUAUCCUACCAUAUGCUCCCCUUGUCAUCCCAGUUGGCGCCAUCGCUAGGCUGGGGAAAGGGACAGGCAUUGUCGAAAUUCCUGAAUGUCCCAUGGGGAAAACCCAAGAUUCACCACAUUCCCCUUGCUUGGGCGCAAUGAGAGGUUCUCUAGGCGCUGAGGAAUGGUCCGAAUCAGAUAUGUGGGAAGGCCGUGCUCGGGAGUUUCGCGGAUUGUCUGCCGGAUUGCUGGCUCCGACUUUUUACCCUGGCGGGUCAGCGAUUGUUUUCCCGGUCAGCCAGCGUCGUUGA